ACAACGUGUCCAAUGAUAAGUGUAGAUUGCAUUCGUCUGUUAAAACACGUAAACACACCAUUGUCCUACUUGGGGAAUUCUUGCGGUGUUUGAGUACAGUUAAUAGUUCAGUAGUUAUUCAAUUUAAGUUUAAUCAUAGUUUGUCUAUUGCAUCCAAUUGUUUGAAAUGCCUGUCCCUCCAAGUGCAAUGCAGUCGGCCACUAGUGGGCCUAGAUCCCCCUCAAAACCUGGCGCAUCUAGAACUGCAGGAAAUGUACUUAGGCAAAGAAAAACAACUGCACCUACUACAUCGGUAAGAAAUCGUAACACUGGUACUAGCAGUGGUGGUAUGUGGAGAUUUUACACUGAUGACUCUCCUGGAAUUAAAGUUGGUCCUGUUCCUGUUUUGGUGAUGUCACUGCUGUUCAUUGCAUCUGUUUUUAUGUUACAUAUAUGGGGAAAAUUUAAUAGAACUUAAUUUUAAAUACUUUGUUUGAUUUGUAUAUAAAUUUUCCUAUAUUCAUUCCCCAUUAUUAUAUAUAUAUAUAUAUUUUUUCUUUUUUACA